GUGAAAAGCAGCGCUGGCAAGAGUAGCCAGCACCAAGUUCUGGCUCAGCUCUAAGGACAAGAGAGCUGGUGGAGCCUGUCGGCCUCGCAGGACGUCAGCACCUGAGACAGCUCUAAUACUCUCCUUGGAACAGAAAGCCUCCGAGGAACACUCCUCGGCCAGGUACAGAGAUGGAAACCAGAAGUAAGCCCCAGCUCCUCGUGCUCCUGACACUUUUCAGCGUGCUCUUCUCGCAAACCUUGGCAUGGCCUCUUUUUGGAGAACCUUCUGCUCUGAGGAUGGGUGACAGAAUACCAUUUGAGGGAGCAAAUGAACCCGAUCAAGUUUCAUUAAAAGCAGACACUGAUGUUUUACAAAAUGCAUUAGUUGAAGAUGACACACCUUAUUAUGACCUAUCCAGAUACGCCAGACAUGCUGAUGGGGUAUUCACCAGCGACUUUAGCAGACUCCUGGGCCAACUUUCUGCCAAAAAAUACCUUGAGUCCCUUAUUGGAAAGCGAGUCAGCCAUAGCAUCUCAGAAGACCAGGGGCCAAUCAAACGCCACUCGGAUGCGGUCUUCACUGACAACUACACCCGCCUUCGAAAACAAAUGGCUGUAAAGAAAUACUUGAACUCAAUUCUAAACGGAAAGAGGAGCAGUGAGGGAGAAUCUCCUGACUUUCUUGAAGGGUUAGAAAAAUGAUGAAAGAGCUCUUUGGAGCAAAGCUCCCGACAACUUCCCGGUGAAUUCUUGAAGGAAAACGAUAAGCGAAGUCAUUCUAUUUUGAGUUCUUCAUAAGUAAUUCAAGAAAACAGCUUCAGUAUCAAAACCAAAUAAAUACAUUGUGUCGUGAACAUUGUGAUUUAUUUUAUUCUAAUGUAAUAACUGUGAUGUUUACAUUGUAAAUAUUAUUUGUGAGUUCUAAACUUUGUCUUUAACUCAUGAAAAUCCUGUAAUUUCAUAUGCUGUGUAUCCUUUCUAUUGAAAAUGUAUUUAAUGAUAAGUAAAUACUAGGUUAAUUUCAAUUGUAUGAGGCUUUUUGGAAGAGUGAUAAUAGAGCAAAACUGAUGUGUUUAUUUAUAGGGCAUGCAGAGGAGCGAAGCAUAUAAUCAGCAAUCUAAAUGUGAAUGUUGAGAAGAUGGAAUGCUGUGUUAAAUAAACCUCAGAGUGUCUAAGGGAUUACCAAAACAAAGAUAGAAAGACAUCCUCCAAAAAAGAUGUUCAGAAAAUGAUGUGUGUUUCUGCAUUCUUAGGCAACAUUUCUUUUGAAUGAGAUUUAAAAAGCUCUCAGAUUUGAAUCUCCAAUUGCCAGAAGCUCUCUUCUGAUCUAAUGUUUUGGUUAAGGAGAAUGGCCUCAACUUCUGACACUGGACUUUUCCUUUAUGCUUGUGUUAAGUAAGUGUAAAAUGUAAACUGAAUGGACCAUUUGUUUUUCAGUGAUUAGUAGUUUUUCCAUAAUCACUCAAAUAAUGUUUAGGGCUUUCUUCAGUGAAUGCACAUUUGGAGAAACAACUAUUUUUCCAAAAUGAUUGUAAGAAAUUAAAUAUAGAAAAUAAAGACCUUUGAUUUUCAUUGCA